UCAGAACUAAUCUUUCUCCUUGGGCAAAGCCAGGUUUCUUUCUUUCUUCUCUCCCCCACCCCCCGGCUCGCACACUUUUUCUCGCUCUCGCCCUUUCUCCACCACCACCCCGGUCACCUCCUUCACUGUUUUCCCAGCGGCUGGGAGCAGGUCUAGCCAGCCUAGUGAGCGCGCCUGUAGACUCUCGCUUUCUCCUGGCAAGGAUUAUUUGACACACGCGCAGAGCAGACACCUUCCCUGGCGAGGGUGGAACGCGCCGGCCGGCCGGCACACAAAGCCCUUCCUCCUCGGUCCGGCGUUCGGAGCUCGCGAGUGCCCUGCAGGCGGGAAUUAAGCGGAGCGGGGGAGGGGAGAGACGCUCCGGAGAAGGCGGUGAUCUUUGAAGGGAAACAGGUCCGCAUCGCUCCUGUUGAAGUGACCGGCCGGGCCGAUCCUCGCUCAUGGCUCGCGGGAAAGCAAAGGAAGGGAAUGGCAACUGGAAGAAAUUUAUCUGGAACUCGGAGAAGAAGGAAUUUCUAGGGAGAACCGGAGGCAGUUGGUUUAAGAUCAUCCUCUUCUAUGUGAUCUUCUACGGCUGCCUGGCUGGUAUCUUCAUUGGGACCAUACAAGUUUUGCUGCUCACCAUCAGUGAAUUCCAGCCCAAGUAUCAGGACCGAGUAGCACCCCCAGGGCUGACAAGUAGUCCCCAGGUACUUAAAAUGGAGAUUUCCUUCAACCCUUCUGAUCCCACCUCAUACCAUAAGUACACAAAGCUCCUUGAGAACUUUUUGAAGGCUUAUGAUCUGCCUCCGGAUCAAGCAGAGAAUGAGCUUAAGACUUGCUCCUCUGAACCUCAACCCGCCAAAAUCGAAGCUGUUCCCUAUGACCCCACUCUGGGCAAGCGGCAAUCUUGCAAGUUCUAUCGGUUCUGGCUGGGAAACUGCUCUGGGAUAAAUGAUCCUUCCUUUGGUUACAAAGAUGGCAAACCAUGUGUCGUCAUCAAACUCAACAGGAUUCUGGGCUUCAUACCUCAGCCUCCGUUAAAUGACUCCAUCCCACAUGAGCUGAAGACAAGAUAUCACCCUAAUAUCAUUCCUGUUCACUGCACUGCUAAGAAAGAGGAAGAUAUUGACAAAAUUGGUUCUGUGGAAUAUUAUGGCAUGAGUGGCUAUGGUGGCUUUCCACUACAAUAUUACCCAUACUAUGGCAAGCUCCUCCAGCCCAAAUACCAGCAGCCCCUUGUAGCCGUGCAGUUUACCAACCUGACCUAUGACAUGGAGGUGCGUAUCGAGUGCAAGGUCUACGGUCAAAACAUCCACUACAGUGACAAAGAUCGUUUCCAGGGACGUUUUGAUAUGAAAUUUGACAUAAAAAGCAGCUGAUUACAAGCACAGUUUCUUUCUUCUUUUUCCUCUUAGCCAUUUAAAGAGUAUAAAAAAAGACAAAAACCUACUAGUCUUGAACAAAACUGUCAUACGUAUGGGACCUACACGUAAUCUAUAUGCUUUACACUAGCUUUCUGCAUUUAACUAGGAUAGAAUGUAAACUUAAAAGUGUAGCAAUAGCAACAAAGAUAUUUAUUCUACUGUAAAUGACAAAAAACAGAAUUGAGCCUUGGGACAUGCCCAUUUCUACUGUAAAUUAUUCCAUAACUAACUUGUAGUAAGCAGUGUUUCUGCUCCUCUAAAUAUUGCUGCCUUGUGAAUUUUAUUUAGUGUACAGUACUAUAGGUGCAUUACUCUGGUCAUUUUUCAAGCCAUGUAUUAUUGUACCCGUUUUCUACUUUCUGUGAGCAAAGAUUUGCUGUCCAAGGUGUAAAUACUCAGUGGGACUAAAACUGGCACGGUUCUUUUAAUUAUUAUUUUUUCUUCAUUUUUAAAAAGGUGAAGGCCCACUUGUGAGAUUAUUCAACAGCACUCCAUAGAGCCCCCCUCCCGUGAUCAUAUGACUUUAUUUAGUGUGUUGGCAGGGAAAAUUACCUUGACUUUGAAGCACCACUAAGGAGAGAAGGUGACUGUGUACUGUGCUUUGUAGCAAAUGCUGUCUCUCUCUCUCCCUCCCUCCCACUCCCCCAUUCUCCAGUAUGUUCUGAAGUUGUGUGAGAGGCCCAAGUCAACCUGUCGGUGACAAGAAUAAUUAUUUUUGCUUUGUAUAUUUUCUUUUCCUGCUAGAGGCAUCAUAUGCUGUGGUGCUGUCUUUAUUAAAUGUUUUAACCAUUUUCAUGGUGGAAGAAUUUUAUAUUUAUGCAGUUGUACAAUUUUAUUUUUUUUUCUGCAAGAAAAAAGUGUAAUGUAUAAAAAUAAACCAAAGCCACAUGUUUGAAAAUAAAUCUUUAUUUUGAACUUUAUGAAAAGCAAUGCAGUUACCCCAUCAACUGGUGUUAAAUGUUGUCUAAAGUGCAAACUAUGUUCUAACAUAUGUAAUAGCCAGGAGUACAGUGCUCUUGUUGAUCUUGUAUUUCAGUCAGGUUAAAACAUUGGUCAAUAAAUGAAUAAACACACAUCUUCCA